AUGUCCGGGCAGCCGCCGUUGCUGCUGCUGCUGUUCAUCAGCUUUGGCUGCAUAGCAGCCACAUUCGCUCAGAGCUUGACGCUGCCCACGCGGCAGCUGCUAGCGCCCAGCCUGCGCUUUGCCGAGAGCUUCGAGACAUUCGAUGGCAACGAGGCGGACGAAGACGAUGCCGGCACAGGCGAGCAGCUAAGGCAGCUGCUGGGACAGCAGCUGACCAACGCUGUGGCGCCACUGACAGCUGCACCACUCGCCGUGCUGAGCCGCCGACAGCCGGGCAUUGUGGCGCCAAGAUCCGCCACGGAUGCUGCCCAGCUCUUCGCUGACUCAGCUGAAUCUGACGAAUUCAGCGGAGAGGACAGCGAAGAGACAGACAACGACCCGGAUACAAAUACAGAUGCGGACACAGAUGCGGACACAGAUACGGACACAGAUGCGGACACAGAUACGGACACAGACACGGGCCCAGCACAGGAACCAGAGCAGGUGCCGCAGCAGGUGCCACAGCAGGUGGCACAGCAGGUGCCGCAGCAGGACUACAAUCCAUAUCGCGACAACUUCAACGACCGCAACGAGGAUGGCAGCUACGUUUUUGGCUACUCGCUGCCAAAUGGCGUACGCCGCUGGGAGCGCGGCUUCUUCUCAGAGCAACAGCACCAUGGUCUGGUGGUCGAAGGCUUCUACGCCCAGCCACGGCACUACGGUCACAGCAUACAGUACGAGCUGCGCUGCUAUCGCGCCGAUGCCCAUGGUUAUCACCCGCUGGCAGUGGAGUAUCUACAGCAGCCGCCACGAGUGCGUCGCUAUGAGCUGCCCAAUGUGAGCUGCUUGAACUUGAGUCGAUAA